AUGGCAGAUGAUUUAACAGACAGCCUGACCUUGGAGGAUUUGGACGCGGCGAUUGCAAACCUGAAAAACAACUUGGAGAGCAUAACACACGACGACCCCGAUUUUUAUUCGACGGCCGCUUUGCUUGCACAUGCGCUUCGGAAGCAUUACCUUUUAUCACGGCCAAAUGGGGUUUUGAGUGUUCUUGACGAGUCCAUCACCUUUCUGAGGCAAGUUAUCGAUGGUUCUUCCAUAAACGAUACCAGGAGAGCUGAGUGGCUCAUUGGCCUCGCGUUUGGCCUGAGCCUUCGUUGCGAUGCGACAGAUUGUGAAAGCGAUGCUAGAGAAGCUUCUCGGUUAUCAUUCGAGGCCGUGGGCGCCGUGGAAAAGGAUGGUCCGCCGUAUGCGACAAUCCUACAAUCCGCUUGUCAUUUCAUCGGCAAACAGGCAAUCAGACUCCACAAAGAAGAUGACUUGGAACAGGUAUUCAAGAUGCACAAGGGCAUUAUCUCGGCCACAACCGUCGAUCAUCCCAAACUUAGAUCACGGCUGCGGAGCUACGAUAAUACCUUAUUCAAAGGAUAUUUGUCAUUCGGACAUAGAGAGUAUCUGGAGGAAGCAAUUCGAGUCUCAGAGUACAUCGUCAACAUCCCAGAUCAAAGCACCGAGGACCAUGCAAGAAAUGUAUGGAUUCUCAGUCAUCGCCUUGUUCAAAGAUACUUGAGGACUGGAACAACGGCAGAUCUCGAUGAUAGUAUAAGAGCGUGCCAACAAGCUGUUGACGACACUCCAAUAAACUCGAAUGAUCGACAACGAAGACUGCAGUCCCUGUGCGAUAGGCUGGGAGAGAAGUAUUCUCAGACCCUGGAAGAAGCUGAUUUCCAGGCCGCCAAAGUGCUGAUGGAUCAGAUUCUUGAUCAUUUGCCAACAAAACAGAAGAGUCGAGCCCGAUCGCUUGGAAACAUUGGAAUCAUUUUGAGUCUUCGAUAUAGACAAACAGGACAUGAUGAUGACUUUCAACAAGCGAUUCGUGUUGCUAGAGAAGCCGUGGGUUUGACGGUUGAGGGUGACACUGGGCGUGCUAUCCGACUGAGCAACCUCGGUGGGGUAUAUACUGAGGCAUAUAACAAGACUAGGAAUACGAAGCGCCUCGAAGAGGCAAUCCGAAUCGGGAGAGACACCCUCGCUGCCACGCCCGAUAGCCAUCCACACAAAGCCCUACGUCAUUUCAAUCUUGCAGACAGACUUCAACUUCGAUAUUUUGAGUCGAAAUCAACCGGUGACGUCGAGGAAGCUAUUCACCUGUAUCGACUCACCCUACAUGAGUUUAGAGCCCCCAUGUUUCUUCGUGUUCAGGCUGGUUACUCCCUGAUGCAGGGUUGCGUCCUGAAGCGCGAUUGGAACGAAGCAUAUAAGGCUGGUGCCGAAACCAUCAAUCAUCUGUCACUCUUCAGACCGCUUUCACUGCAAAACACUGAUAUACAGCGCGAAGCCAGUAAGCUUUUAGGUCUGGGCACUGAAACAGCAUCACUUGCCUUGGAAGUGGGGAAGAGUGCAGCAACUGCCCUUCAAUCGCUUGAGUUGGCUCGAGGAGUCAUGGCAUCGUCCAUCAAUGUGCUUCAAGCUGAUAUCAGAGAUAUGGAGAGGGGUUUCCCAGAACUAGCCGGCAGGUAUAACCGUCUUCGAGAGCAACUCGACACAGGUUACGCUCCGCAAUCCGACUUUUCACUAGGCGAAGAGGUUUGGGGAAACGAGAUAACCGAAAGAUAUGAUGUAGGGGAGCACAUUUCAUCAUUAUUAAAGGAUACACGCUCAAAGCCGGGCUUUAAGAACUUCUCGCGGCCUGAAGAUGAGGAGCGAAUGCGAAGUGCGGCCGCCCUGGGUCCGGUGAUUGUCGUCAUUGUUGGCCCUCUUACUUGCGACGCAAUAAUCAUUCAGCAGGAUGAUUUCAGUGCCAUUCCCCUCCAUAAGUUAAAUCAAUUCGAUAUCGACUCGAAGUAUGGGUCGUUAGGACGUGGAAGUCUCAAGGUUCUUGAAUGGCUUUGGGAUGCAGUUGCUGAGCCCGUACUCAAUGCACUGGGGUUCACUGAAGUACCUCGGGAUGGGGAGAUGCAGAGAGUUUGGUGGGUUUUGACUGGCUCUUUGAGUACGUUUCCUAUCCAUGCUGCAGGGCGUCACAGUCAGCGAAACGGUGAGACGGUCAUGGACAGAAUCAUGUCGUCGUACGCCACCUCAGUAUCAGCUAUUGUGCAAAGUCGGAGGACGGCGCCUGUUUUUAACAACGAGGCACUAUUGGUGUCUGCUGGCGAAACACCCGGUCACCGAAGAUUGGCCUUUGCAGAUAGAGAAGUCAAUGUGCUGCGAGAUAUCUGUCGCCAAAUGAAGCUCGAGCCUGUUGAGCCUGAGCCUAUUAGAGAAGAUGUGUUAUCACACCUGCGAAAGUGCAAGAUCUUCCACUUCGCAGGGCACGGAUACACUGAUACAACCGAUCCUUCCAAAAGCCAGCUAUACCUGAAGGACUGGCAGACAGAGCCCCUUACAGUCGCAAGCCUCCUCGAGCUCAAUCUACAUCGGGAGGGCCCCUUCCUUGCGUAUUUAUCUGCCUGCGGUACAGGACAGAUCAAAAGCGAAAAGCUCUUUGAUGAAGGUAUUCAUCUUAUUAGCGCUUGUCAAUUAGCAGGUUUCCGGCAUGUAAUCGGGACUCUGUGGGAGGUCAACGAUCAGUCUUGUGUUGAUAUGGCUGCUAUUAUAGAUGAGGAAAUUCUUAGGGGAGACAUGUCGGAUGAGACUGUGUGCCGUGGUGUUCAUGUAGCUACGAAACAGAAGAGAGAUCAGUGGCUUGGUGAGGCCUAUGUUGCUGAGAAGGCAACGAAUCCAGUAGAGAACGGGCCAGGGGAGGAGAAGAGGGACAUUGACGUCGAGAGAAAUAUCAUCUCUCUUGAUGAAGACGACGGACAAGGUAUUCCUGGUGUGCAGAAUGACCCAUUGCACUGA